UGUCCUUCCGUUCGACCGAAACAGCCAGAGGGAGUAAACGCCGGAGCUUCGCCGGUCCUAGCGGGUCUUCUUCGUCCUCGCUACCGUGAUCGCCGGACUAGGGGAAAGAGCCGCAUAGCAGGAGCCUAGACCGGAGCUAACCACCGCGGGUCUGCCGCUGCUCUGUCAUCUAAGGCCGCCGGAAAAUCUUGCCGGAUUCCUACCGGUAAAUUUGGUAUUCUUCUUCGAUUAUAUUGAGGUGAGUGAAUUAUCUCUCGUUAGAAUUGAUUCGUAGAUUAGGAUUUGUUGAUAUAUUUUCGUGUAAUUGAUGAUGAAUUUGUGAAUUGAAUUAUGAAUCUCUUGAGGGAUUAUCUUGGAUUCGGGAAUCUGGUUCAUUGUUCGGUUGUAGGAUUCCUUCCAUUAAUUCUUGUCCUCUUUUGCUCUGUUCUGUUCUUCUCUAUUCUCUUUCUUUCUGGCCAUUGUUUCUGUCCUGUUUCCGCUGAUCUAGAUGCUACUGCUGCCGCCACUAAGAUGCUGCUGCCACCGAGGGAGACCACCGCUGCCGGUUGUGGGUUGCCCCUGCUGGAGAUUUGGGCUGCUUGGUAGACAUUGGGAAGUUCAAUGGGUUGCUUGGGGUUUUACAAUCAAUCUGUUUGGCCAUAAUUUAUUUAUGUGUGAUAAGUGUGCAUCGUUUCCCCAAUGGGCCGACGAUUGUGUGUAAUAGGUUAUGUAUUGGUUACAAAACUUAUGGGUGAUUUUGUGUACUGAAUUGGAAUUUAGGAAUAGACCACCUGGUAUAUCUGGGAGGUUGUGAAUUAUACGGAUAAGGAUUAGGAUUCAGGCCGGGUGGGGCGAGCUUCGCAUAACUCACAGGUCUUGGGUUAAAAACGUACGUACGGGAGUCAUUAUCCUACCUAGGGAUUCCUUUGUAGGGGCUCCAACCCGCCCAUUGAGGAUUCUCUUUGGGUUUCAUCAAGCGUGGCCUCGGGGGAUCUGUCCGAGUGUCCAUGGCUUAGUUAGUCAAAAGGAACCUUAGCCUAUAGGGUUAAGUGUAGAUGAACAACAGGAGCUGAAUAUAAACAAAUAGUUGAUCAUGAUAUUUGAUAAUGAUAUUUGUUGAUUCUUCUGAUGUUGUAUGAUUAUAUAUUGAUAAGUGCUAGUCUAUGAGUUGGUUCUAGCGUUAGAUACUUCCACUCUUCCUAUAUUUUUACAGGUAGAGAUCAAGGACUGAAUGAGGAGCAGCCUGGAGAAUAGUGAAGCGUGACGCUGAUGGAUGGCCCGAUGCUGUUUGAAAUUGAAUUAAAUACUUGUUGACUUUUAUCUUGCUUAAACUACAAGAAUGUUUGAUGAUGUUGUUUUAAAGGCUUCCGCAACGUUUCAGUUAUU